UAUGGGGGGUUGUAUGUCAAGAAAAAAGAUCCCUGAUGAAAUUUAUAGAUAUUGGUCUGCUGUGGCGUCUUCUCUUCGCCUCGGUUGGCUUGGGACGAAUAACGUCAGGACGGAGAUGAAAGCAUGUCAACUUGCCCUUUUUCCUAAUCUGUUGAACUCCUCAGCUGUUGAAGAAGAUAUUCUUGGUCUGGAGGAACAUCUACGCGAGGGUGCUGAUGUCUCAAGUGGUGAUGAGCGUGGUCGGACGCCUCUACAUGUGGCAGCAGGAGAAGGCCAUUUAAACGCUGUUUACUUCUUGCUGCAGCAGGGAGCAGAUGUGAAUGCCACUGACUGUGAUGAAGAAACCCCACUUCAAGAUGCCAUUCGCUGCAAGAGUUUGGAGGUGGUGGAGCUGUUAAUUUCUGCAGGGGCACAUUUGGAAAAAUCCUCAGAGGAACUUGGGGUUGAGAUGUGCUGUCUUGCAUUCCUUGGAGACACAGAACAGAUGGAGGCAUGGAAAAAGGCUGGAGUCAGUUUUAAUGUCUCUGAUGCUCACGGUCGAACUCCCUUACAUGUGGCGGUGUGUACCAAUCAGCCUGAAUUGGUGAAGUUCUGUAUCCGCAAUGGAUCGGAUCUUGAGCAAAGAGACAGGUUCAACAACAGACCUAUAGAUGAUGCUCAGAGGCUAGGCUUACAACACAUGGUGGAGCUGUUGAGUUAUUAG